CUUGUUCCUGUCCGUCCGAAUCAACACGCCACUCCGGCUCGGCCGUGUUACCUACGUCCACACAGCCCGCCCGCGCUUAUCCCCAAUGAUCAUCGACAUGCAUCCACGCUUGCUCACAGCACCAGCACGACUCCACUGGCCUGAAUGGCCGUCCGCGGCAUACUCCUCGCCCUCCUCCUCGCCAUGGUUCUCCCGCGCGCCAUCCUCGCCGCCUUCUCUCCCGGCUUCCAAUAUUUCCUCGCAUGCGGCGCCAACUCCUCCGUCUCCUUCCCGUCCGAUUCCCCCGCCAACAUCUUCGUCCCCGACGCCGCCUACCUCUCGCCCGCGGGCGCUCCGGCGGUGUCCGCCAGCUCCACCCUCGCCUCCCCGCCAGCUCUGUACGCCGCCGCGCGCGCGGACAUCUCGGCCUUCUCGUACCGCCUCCCUAGCCCCGCCUCGCCAGACACGUCGUCAUUCCUCGUCCUGCGCCUCCACUUCUUCCCCUUCUUCCCCGCCACCUCCUCUCAGUAUGUCAUCAACAUCUUGUCCGCGCGCUUCAACGUUUCGGUCGCCGACGCCUACGCUCUGCUGUCCUCCUUCUCGCCUCCGGCCGCCGGCGUCGUCAAGGAGUUCUUCGUCCCGCGCGACCUCUUCGGUGGCCACUUCCACGUCACGUUCACCCCGGACGCCGGCUCCACCGCCUUCGUCAACGCCAUCGAGCUGUUCUCGGCCCCGCCGGAGAUGCUGUGGAAUGGCCCCGUGACGCCGGUGGGAGCCGUGGUGAAGGACGACAUGGACCUGUGGCAGCGGCAGCCGCUGGAGACGGUCUAUCGCCUCAACGUCGGCGGGUCCAAGGUGAUAAUUGAGAACGACACGCUGUGGCGGACGUGGCUGCCCGACGGCCCCUACCUCUACGACGCCUCCGGGCUGUCGGUGGUGAGCAACACCUCCAGCCCGAUCAUCUACAAUUCAACGAACGGAUACACGAGGGAGGUGGCGCCGGACGUCGUGUACCAGACCCAGCGCAUGGCGAACGUGACGGACUUACUGGCGGCGACAACCCCAGGCCUGAACUUCAAUCUCACGUGGACGUUCCCGGCGGUGAAGGGGUCCCGCUACCUCGUCCGCCUCCACUUCUGCGACUACGAGGUGGUCAGCUCCGUCGUCGGCGUCGGCAUCGUCUUCAACGUCUACAUCGCACAGGCCAUUGGCACUCCAGACCUCACGCCGAAGGCUUGGGCGACUCAGUCGAACGAGGUCUUUUACAUGGACUACGCGGCCAGGGCGCCGAGCGCCGGGAACCUCACGGUGAGCAUCGGCUGGUCGUCGCAAAGCAGCGGAGGUGGCAUACUGAACGGGCUAGAGAUUAUGAGGCUGCCGCCCGUCGAUUUGAGCUCGAGGAGGUACGGCAGGACGAAGCAGAGGACCAUUGUCAUUACGGUGUCGGCAGUGCUCGGCGCCGCCGUUCUUGCUUGCGUGGUGCUCUGCUUUUUCGGCGUGCCGUACACGAAGUACAGUGGCUCCGGCUGGGCUGAGCAGUUCAUGAACCGAUGGUCCAGAGAGCGCAAGACCGGCGGGAUGGAGAGUGUGAGCAGGAAGCUGCACAUCGCGCUCGCGAAGAUCAAGGCCGCCACGGACAACUUCCACGAGCGUAACCUCAUCGGCGUGGGCGGGUUCGGGAACGUGUACAAGGGCGUGCUCGGUGACGGCACGCCAGUGGCGGUGAAGCGCGCCAUGCGCGCCUCGCAGCAGGGGUUGCCGGAGUUCCAGACGGAGAUCGUGGUGCUGUCCGGCAUCCGGCACCGGCACCUGGUGUCGCUCAUCGGGUACUGCAACGAGCAGGCGGAGAUGAUACUGGUGUACGAAUACAUGGAGAAAGGCACGCUGCGGAGCCACCUGUACGGCUCCGACGAGCCGGCGUUGUCAUGGAAGCAGAGGCUGGAGAUCUGCGUCGGCGCGGCGAGGGGCCUGCACUACCUGCACAGAGGCUACGCGGAGAACAUCAUCCACCGUGACGUCAAGUCGACCAACAUCCUCCUCGGGAGCGACGACGGCAGCACCGGUGGCGUGAUCGCCAAGGUGGCCGACUUCGGGCUGUCGCGAAUCGGGCCGUCGUUCGGGGAGACGCACGUGAGCACGGCGGUGAAGGGCAGCUUCGGGUACCUGGACCCGGGCUACUUCAAGACGCAGCAGCUGACGGACCGGUCGGACGUCUACUCCUUCGGCGUGGUGCUCUGCGCGCGACCUGUGAUCGACCAGAGCCUGGACCAGAGCCUGAUCAACAUUGCCGAAUGGGCCGUGAGGAUGCGCGGGGAAGGGCGGCUCGACAAGAUGGCCGACCCGAGGAUCGCCGGCGAGGUGGACGAGGAGUCGCUACUCAAGUUCGCAGAGACCGCUGAGAAGUGCCUGGCAGAGUGCUGGGUGGACCGGCCGUCCAUGGGCGACGUGCUGUGGAACCUGGAGUAUUGCCUACAGCUGCAGGAGACGAACAUCACCGGGGACGAACUCGACAACAUGAGGCCGUCGUCGACGAGCUUGUUGAUGGACGAGACCGGCUUGAGCAUGACCAAUGUCGCCGACAGCAAGGUAUUCUCCCAGCGGAGCGCCUGCGGCGAGGGACGAUGAUCUAAAGUUGGUGCACCAAUUGAACAUCCCAAAUGACAACGCCCAUAUAUGUGGCAUAAAGCAAUUUCGCCCACAUGUUUUUUUGAUGGCAACUUUAGUUAUAAGAGGAUGACGACUUUAAUUGUGAAGUAUGGCAACUUUAGUUAUAAGAGGAUGACGACUUUAAUUGUGAAGUAUGGCAACUUUCUGUACAAAUUUCAAUUUUUUUCAGAUUUGUUUUUUUUUUUGAGAUGGCAAUUUUAGUGUAAGAGAUGUGUGGACGGUUUACUACAUGCCACAUGUGUGGCAGUUAUCGGCAUCAUAAUUGAACAUUUUCCUUUAA